AAUGAAGCAUCAAGAAGUGUCCGUGGACUAUUGGGCUAUGCUGAAGUCGAUGUUCACAUACGGCGCUCUAGCGGCGCUGUGCUGGAUCAUGCUACGUCUGUUCCACACCGCCUUCACACUGCCGAGGCGGUUGCGGUCACAGCAGGAGAACAUUCAGAACACGUUGAAGGAUCUACAGGCACGAUUUCCGGAUCUAAAUAUAACUGAAGAAGAUUUAAUCAACGCUGAAAAGGAGUUCGAUGAACUAACGAAGGAAAACGAGAAAACUACAGGAAAUUCGGAAGAAAACUCGAACCAAAACAUACCUGAAAUUGUAGAACCUACUGAAGAAACUGAGGAAAACAAAAAAGAUAUCUAACUAAUGACAGUCUUUAAUUAAUAUUUAUAUAAUAUAAGUUAUGUAGGUAAGGCACAAAAUUACUCUUA